AAUUUUCACGUUAUAUGUGUUUUUAAUUUAUCAGUAAAUAUCGCUAUGUGCUAAAAAGAACUUCAAGUUCCAACAUUCUACAGUUAAUGUACGCAGGCGCCGUAACUGCGGACGUGUAAAUCAGAUAGCCAUGAAUGGGGUGGUGGGGAGACGAGUAGCUAUGUGGAUCAUAUCUGGAGGCAAAUAUCUUUGAUUGUAAUACCAUGGAUUAUUUAAAACUUUGACUAUACACCUGUUUGUUUUGCCUGCUGGUUGGUGCCUUUGGAUAUUGGAUCACAUCGGUGGAAAUCAGGCCCGCUUUCGCUCCACAUUCUCGUUGAGAGACUUUGCGCCUGAAGAAAACAAGCAUCGGCUACGACCAGCUGCAAAAUGCCACGGGACAUCAUACCGUCUUUAAUCCAGAAAAUCGCUACUCAAGCUUAUGCCACGUUCAAACAUUUUGGGGCGGCCGCCAUAGUGGACAAUAAUGUCUUUUUGGAUAAUCAAGCCAAACUGACUACCCUCGUAACUGAAAUCAGGGCUGCAGACCUAAAGAUUACACCACCGAAAAGCAAAGGCUCCAUGCCGAGUGUCCACAACCCUCCUGUCACGUAUAUGCAUAUAUGUGAAACUGAUGCGUUCAGCAUGGGAGUAUUUUUACUUAAAAGAGGGGCGUCUAUCCCUCUGCACGACCACCCAGGUAUGAACGGAGUGUUGAAAGUUCUCUAUGGCAAGGUCAAUAUACGGUGUUUCGACAAGUUGGAUAAACCGCCAGAUGCCGAGACCGAGCCCGUCUUCGACCCACCGCUGAUGCCCUUCCAGAAAGACGCACUUAGGCGCUCCGUUCUAAAGACGACAGGUGAAUAUACGGAGGACAGUGGUCCCUGCAUUUUGAGUCCUGUGAACGAUAACCUUCAUCAAAUAGAUGCAGUGGAAGGACCGGCGGCAUUUCUCGAUAUACUGGCACCCCCUUAUGACCCUGACGACGGGAGAGACUGUCAUUAUUUCAAAGUUUUACAGCCGGUUUCGAAAUCGGUGGACAGAAACUCAGAGCAGACAGUGGAAGGGGAAACGUGGCUUCUAGAAGUUCCUCAGCCCGCCGACUUCUGGUGCGGAGGCGAGCCUUACCCCGGCCCCGAAGCGUCUGUCUGAAACGUGCCCACGCCAAGGACACCUGCGCGUCAGCCACGUUAUCGCGUGUAUGAUCUGAGGCACGCUUGGGAAGUUCAACCGAAGAUAAAGCAAACAACUUAGUCAAAGGCUAUUCAGCUUCACAAAUAACAUGAAAUAUCUUAAAAUACCAACCUGCUGGGUUCAAUACCCUUUGCAUCUUGAUCAUAGUGUCGAAAUAAACAUUUCCCUUGCAUGCUCCGAAGGUGGCCUGUGACUAAUGUCUCUUCAGGAGAAUUUGAAUAUCCAUAAGGCAGUGAUAUCAACUAGUGCUGUGUUGUAAAUGUAAAUAUCGAAUGUAAACAUGCUUUAAAAGCAUUUAUCCUGGUCUAAGUGCACACCACAGAUAUAUCCUAACUGAGCUUAAUUUAUUUUGAAGAGAAAAAUGUGUACACAACAAUUCAUUUUGCGCAGUGUUUAUACCUUAUGGCUUUGAUCACCAUUAAAAUAUCCACAGUAUCACAUCAACUCUUUUUCUUUUGCUAUCUAAGUUUUAGGGGAUAUAAGGCAGGCGUAUUGCGCCUGAAUUUGAAAGAAAAAAGGCCUUCCCUUUAAAAAUCACUGUCAAGUACUGGCUAAAUGUUUUUGAGCAGGUGACCCCUUUGUUGUGGCCAAUCACACACGGUGCCGGGCAUACAGGUUGACCGUGUGUUUCAUCGUUGCACAUUUUCCUACAGGAACAACCUGCCUUUCUCAGGAGAUGGCACUCUUGGUGACUAUCUGUACCAGUAGUUUCUGGGUAUGGAUUCAGUUCAGGCAAGCCAAUUAUAGUUGACUGUCAGAUAUGCCAUUGUGUUCGGUUAGAUGGUAUUUUGAUAGGCCUGUUCCAACUAACUUGGAUGGCGUUAAGUGACUUAAAAUAGACAACCACAGUUUGAGCUGUUGAAAAUAGAGUGUAUAGUAUGCCACUGCCUGACAACAUAUCCCCUUGAAAUGUUUCAGCAACUUAAAUAUGUUAACAAUUAUCUGUGCAAAUAGAAGCAUUCAUAUCA